AUGGUUCAGGACCUUAGCAAAAUAUCUAUCUAUCCAUCUAUCUAUCUAUCUUUCUAUCUAUCUAUCCAUAUAGAGAUGCUUUUCGACAGCAUGGACAAAAUUCAAAUCCGCACGAUUUUCUUGUUCCUGUUCAAACUAGGCCAAAAAGCUGCCGAGACAGCUCGUGAUAUCAAUGAUGCUGAACGUUCUUCAACUGAAAGCCUGGCGCGGCGUGCGGACAUGGUUGAAGCCGCUGAAGCCAACCUUUCAGUCAGCGCAGCGGCGCUUUCCGUAGAUAAGCGAGUAGCUGAGAUCGAGGCCAUCCGUGAAAGACGCAAAGAAGUCUGUUCAGGGGUUUCACUCGCCCUCGCUGCUCUAGCAGCGGAGGAAGCUGCUGUGCGCCGUCCCAAAAGCUUCCUCCUUUUAGCUGAUUUCUACAUUAUCACAAUCUAUCUAUCUAUCUAUCUAUCUAUCUAUCUAUCUAUCAGUAGCCGCAUUCUUUCGAUUACAUUUAUUUAUCUUCAAAAAAAUGAGAAGGGCCUUCCGUAUUUUUGA